AUGGCUCAUCCUGCUACACUCAAGAGCAAGCCAGAUGGUUUCAACCUCUACGCUCGCUUCGCUCUUGCUGGUGCGUUGGGUUGUUCUGUCACCCAUAGCGCCUUCACCCCUGUCGACGUUGUCAAGACCAAGAUUCAACUCGAUCCCAUCACAUACAAUCGUGGCAUGAUUGGUAGCUUCCGCCAGGUUAUCCGCAACGAAGGCAUCAGCGCUCUAGCAACGGGCUUUGGUCCAACCUUUGCAGGUUAUUUCGCUCAGGGUGCCUUCAAAUUCGGUGGCUAUGAGUUCUUCAAUAAGAAAUUCACUGAUGCUCUCGGCGCGGAAAAGGCUAAACAGAAUCGUACGCUUGGUUACGUCCUUUCUGCUGGUUCUGCUGGGUUCUUCGCCUCGAUUGCACUGUGUCCACUGGAAGCGACACGAAUUCGCCUUGUCUCGACACCUGGCUUUGCCAGUGGACUAAUUGGUGGGUUUGGGAAGAUCUUGAAGAAUGAGGGAGUUGGCGCCUUUUAUUCGGGCUUUGGUCCUAUUCUUUUCAAGCAGGUUCCAUACACAAUCACCAAGUUUGUCGCUUUUGAAAAGAUCUCAGAGGCCAUCUUGAGCCAGUUUGACAAGUCUCAAAUGUCGGCGGGUACCUCGACCGCAGUGAAUUUAGGGUCCGGUCUUCUCAGUGGAUUUGCCGCUGCUAUUGUGUCUCAACCUGCCGAUACCAUGUUGUCUAAGAUCAACAAGACGAAGGGUCUCCCCGGCGAGAGCACUGUCUCUCGGUUGGUCAAGAUUGCUAGUGAGCUUGGUCUUCGUGGAUCUUUUGCCGGUCUACCGACGCGUCUGUUCAUGGUCGGUGGACUGACCGCUGGCCAAUUCGCCAUUUACGGUGAUAUCAAGAAACUUCUAGGUGCUACAAAGGAGUGA